UGAGGAACCUCCACAUUCUUCUUCUAAUCCUGAUUUUAUGUCAAAGCUCAGAGUUUCCUGUUUGCGCUGAGCUUGGGGCCACUAAUAAAGUUUGACUCCUCCUUGCUCCAAAGGUCUCCCUGCUCGAAAGCAGGAGAAGAAAGUCAGACGACAGCGAGGAAGGGAUGGGAGCACAGGAGAGGGAGGAGGAAGACUGCGCUUCUUCAGUAGGGAGAAAGCUGCAGAAAACCAGCAAGGAGGUUUAUUUCAGCGUCCUGCCAGAUAAAUAUGAACCUCUGAUUGAGGAUGAUGAAGAGAGAGAGGAGACUGCAGAGGAAAAGAAGAGGAAGAAGGAGGCGAGGAAGAAGAAAAGGAAAAAUACAUGCAAGAAGUACAGAAAGAAUGUGGGGAAAGCACUACGCUUCAGCUGGCGCUGUCUGGUAACUGGUCUGCAGAGCAUGGUGUCCGUGUACUCCACACCUCUCUCAGCUGUGGCCACCGUGGUAACAAAUGUUCACCAAGCCAGUGGCAGCAAGACAUGAUGGGACUCAGAGGGACCAGGAGUGUAGCCCCUUAUUCCUUGUGUUCAAGCUGACUUUGAAUUCAUCACCUCUGUUCUGCCUGUUUUGUUUUUAUUCUGUUUCUAUUUCUGAGAUAUAAACUGUAUAUUUACUCGAUUUAUGAAAACCAUUGAUAUCUGUCACAUUUAUGGCCUCAGUUUUCAAAUUUGAAUCAAACCCUGCUGUUGUGUUAAAUUAAACAAUAGUCUUUCAUGUUUCAAAAUUCACCUCAAGCAGUUCAACCCUUCAGAACACUUUGGGUUUAUUUACAGUGUUAAGAAGCUUUCUGUUCCGUGUGGGCUUUGGCAGCCACUGGCAACCAAACAACUAUCAAUGUCUGUGUACAAAUCUCAACCAUAACAAAGGGAGCUCAACCUUGUGGUGCUUCUCCACAACUGCACUUUAGAAACUCAUUGGCAGAGAUAAAUUUUCGAGGUUCUGGAGCACUAAAUGGAUAUAUUCCUCCAGUCAACCAACCAUAUUUGGAUGAAGUAAAGAUGCUCUAACAGGACCCUGACACACUCCUCUCCUUUCUGCUCUUUUAUGUUUUUAAAUGCUGUUAAAAUAAUCAGAAUGAAUAAAAAAAAAUACUAAUUUGUCUUUCAUGGUGUUUAUUUACAUAAUCAAAGGUCAGGUACUUUUUGUGCAUUUCACAAGUGCUUAUUGAAAAAUAAAUGUAAAUAUGACAA